AUGAGAGCGAAGCUCUCAUCGAUCACAUCUACUGGCGCGCCGUUCACAACGCUCACAACGCUCGCUUCGCUCACGUUGUUCACGUUGUUCACGGGCGCCAGCGCCCUCUCCCUCGACCCAGUCUGUUCCGCAACCGCCCUCGUCACAGACGGUCUCCUCGACUACUACAGCGGAACCAGGUACGGUGGGACCGUGGGCAUGUUCCAGCCACCUUACUACUGGUGGCACGCGGGCGAGGCCUUUGGCGGGAUGAUCGAGAACUGGUUCCUCUGCCAGAACUCGACGUACGAGACACUCCUCAUGGACGCCUUCAUCGCUCAAACGGGGAACAACUACGACUACAUCCCUGAGAACCAGACCAUGGUAGAGGGGAACGAUGACCAAGGUAUAUGGGGGCUCACCAUCAUGGACGCCGUCGAACGGAAUUUCACGAAACCGACGAAAGAUGGAGUUCCAGGGUGGCUCGCCAUGUCACAGGCAGUGUUCAACACGAUGUGGGCCCGUUGGGACACUCAACACUGCGGCGGUGGACUACGCUGGCAGAUCUUCACGUGGAACUCAGGGUACAACUACAAGAACACCAUCUCCAACGCUUGUCUGUUCAACCUUGCGGCAAGACUUGGAAGGUACACUGGUAACUCUACUUACUUAGACGUCGCGGACCAAGUGUUCGACUGGAUGGUCAGCGUGGGGUAUGUCGUCCUCGGGGACACCGCAAACGUAUUCGACGGCGCCAACAUAGAGGAUAACUGUACUACAAUCACUACUUUCGAAUGGUCCUACAACCAUGGGGUCGUCCUGGGGGGUACUGCGUUCAUGUACAACGCAACAAACGGGUCCUCCGUGUGGGAGGACCGUGUCAACCGUAUCCUGAAGGGUGCAACGACCUACUUCUUCAGGGACAGCAUCAUGUUCGAGUCCGCUUGCCAGGAUACGGGCAAGUGUAACAACGAUCAGCGGACUUUCAAGGCGAUCUUCUCCCGGAUGCUCUCCUUCACGGCUGUACUAGUGCCCUCUACUGCAUCGACAAUCGACCCACUGAUGCAAUCCUCUGCCCAGGCGGCGGCACAGUCCUGCUCUGGAGGUACAGACGGUCACACUUGUGGACUCAAUUGGCAGCAUUCAGGUUGGGACGGCAUGUACGGUUUGGGGGAACAGAUGAGCGCACUCGAAGUCAUGAACUACCUGCUCGUACACGACAGACCGGCACCCUACACCGCUGCAGCCGGUGGGUCCUCCGUCGGGGACGCAUCCGCCGGACUCAACUCGACGGCCACUAACGUCUUCGCAAACAGUCUCAACAUCAGAGGGAAGGACAAAGCGGGCGCAGCGAUUGUCACCACGGUCAUCCUGGGGACCCUCGCAGGUGGGUCCAUCUGGAUGCUGUUCUGA